AUGCCGCCUCCGGAUCACAAGGCAGUCAGCCAGUUUAUCGGCGGCAACCCGCUUGAAACCGCUCCCGCCAGCCCUGUUGCCGACUUUAUUCGCAAACAGGGUGGUCACAGUGUCAUCACCAAGGUCCUCAUUUGCAACAACGGUAUCGCCGCCGUCAAGGAGAUUCGCUCCAUCCGAAAAUGGGCCUACGAGACCUUUGGCGAUGAGCGUGCCAUUGAAUUUACCGUCAUGGCCACCCCUGAGGACCUCAAAGUCAAUGCCGACUACAUCCGCAUGGCCGACCAAUACGUCGAGGUACCCGGUGGCUCUAACAACAACAACUACGCUAACGUCGACCUCAUCGUCGAUGUCGCUGAGCGAGCCGGCGUUCACGCCGUAUGGGCUGGCUGGGGUCACGCCUCCGAGAACCCACGCCUACCUGAAUCGCUCGCCGCCUCCAAGCACAAGAUCAUCUUUAUCGGUCCCCCCGGCUCCGCCAUGCGCUCGCUUGGUGACAAGAUCUCGUCCACCAUCGUCGCACAGCACGCCGACGUGCCAUGCAUGCCCUGGUCCGGUACCGGCAUCAAGGAGACCAUGAUGAGCGAUCAGGGUUUCCUGACCGUCUCGGACGACGUCUACCAACAGGCCUGCAUCCACACCGCUGAAGAAGGUCUUGAGAAGGCCGAAAAGAUCGGCUACCCCGUCAUGAUCAAGGCCUCCGAAGGUGGAGGAGGAAAGGGUAUCCGAAAGUGUACCAACGGCGAAGAAUUCAAGCAGCUCUACAACGCCGUUCUCGGUGAAGUGCCCGGCUCGCCCGUUUUCGUUAUGAAACUCGCCGGCCAGGCGCGUCAUCUCGAGGUGCAGCUGCUGGCCGAUCAGUACGGCAACGCCAUCAGCAUCUUUGGUCGUGACUGCUCUGUCCAGCGUCGUCACCAAAAGAUCAUCGAGGAGGCUCCUGUCACUAUCGCUCCUGAGGAUGCCCGCGAGUCCAUGGAGAAGGCUGCCGUGCGUCUCGCCAAACUGGUCGGCUACGUCUCUGCCGGUACCGUCGAAUGGCUCUACUCUCCCGAGUCGGGCGAGUUUGCCUUCCUCGAGCUCAACCCCCGUCUUCAGGUCGAGCACCCUACUACCGAGAUGGUCUCGGGUGUCAACAUUCCCGCUGCCCAGCUUCAGGUCGCCAUGGGUAUCCCUCUCUACUCGAUCCGCGACAUCCGAACCCUUUACGGCAUGGACCCUCGCGGUAAUGAGGUCAUCGACUUUGACUUCUCUAGCCCCGAGUCGUUCAAGACCCAGCGCAAGCCUCAGCCCCAGGGCCACGUAGUCGCCUGCCGUAUCACUGCCGAAAACCCCGACACCGGCUUCAAGCCUGGCAUGGGUGCCCUCACUGAGCUCAACUUCCGCUCCAGCACCUCCACCUGGGGUUACUUCUCCGUCGGCACCAGCGGUGCUCUCCACGAGUACGCCGAUUCGCAGUUCGGACACAUCUUUGCCUAUGGUGCCGACCGAUCCGAGGCGCGAAAACAGAUGGUCAUCUCGCUCAAGGAGCUCUCCAUUCGCGGUGACUUCCGUACCACCGUCGAAUACCUCAUCAAGUUGCUCGAGACCGACGCCUUCGAGUCCAACAAGAUCACCACUGGAUGGCUCGAUGGUCUCAUUCAGGACCGUCUCACUGCCGAACGACCUCCUGCGGACCUCGCUGUCAUUUGCGGUGCUGCCGUCAAGGCUCAUCUCCUUGCGCGUGAGUGCGAGGACGAGUACAAGCGCAUCUUGAAUAGAGGUCAGGUCCCUCCUCGCGACACCAUCAAGACCGUCUUCUCGAUCGACUUCAUCUACGAGAACGUCAAGUACAACUUUACUGCCACGCGCAGCUCCGUCUCCGGCUGGGUCCUCUACCUCAACGGUGGACGUACGCUGGUGCAGCUCCGACCCCUUACCGACGGAGGUCUGCUCAUUGGUCUUUCGGGCAAGUCGCACCCCGUCUACUGGCGUGAGGAGGUCGGCAUGACCCGUCUCAUGAUCGACUCCAAGACCUGCCUCAUCGAGCAGGAGAAUGACCCCACCCAGAUCCGCUCGCCCUCGCCCGGUAAGCUCGUUCGCUUCUUGGUGGAUUCGGGCGACCACGUCAAGGCCAACCAGGCCAUUGCAGAGAUCGAGGUCAUGAAGAUGUACUUGCCUCUCGUUGCCGCCGAGGACGGCGUCGUCUCGUUUGUCAAGACCGCCGGUGUUGCUCUCAGCCCUGGAGACAUUAUCGGUAUUCUCUCGCUUGAUGACCCUAGCCGUGUCCAGCACGCUAAACCCUUUGCUGGCCAGCUGCCCGACUUUGGAAUGCCCGUCAUCGUUGGCAACAAGCCUCACCAGCGUUACACGGCCCUUGUCGAGGUACUCAACGAUAUCCUCGAUGGUUACGACCAGAGCUUCCGCAUGCAGGCGGUCAUCAAGGAGCUCAUCGAGACGCUCCGCAACCCCGAGCUGCCCUACGGUCAGGCCUCCCAGAUUCUGUCCAGCUUGGGCGGCCGUAUCCCUGCCAGGCUCGAGGAUGUGGUGCGCAACACAAUUGAGAUGGGCCACUCGAAGAACAUUGAGUUCCCCGCUGCUCGUCUGCGCAAGCUCACCGAGAACUUCCUCCGUGACAGCGUCGACCCUGCUAUCCGCGGACAGGUGCAAAUCACCAUUGCUCCUCUCUACCAGCUCUUCGAGACCUACGCUGGCGGCCUCAAGGCUCAUGAGGGCAACGUGCUUGCUUCGUUCCUCCAAAAGUACUACGAAGUUGAGUCCCAGUUUACCGGUGAGGCUGACGUCGUUCUCGAGCUUCGUCUCCAGGCCGACGGCGACCUCGACAAGGUUGUGGCCCUGCAGACUUCGCGCAAUGGCAUCAACCGCAAAAACGCUCUGCUGCUCACCUUGCUUGACAAGCACAUCAAGGGCACCUCGCUUGUCUCGCGUACUAGCGGUGCUACCAUGAUCGAGGCUCUGCGCAAGCUUGCCUCGCUUCAGGGCAAGUCGACUGCCCCCAUCGCCCUCAAGGCUCGUGAGGUCUCGCUCGACGCCGACAUGCCCAGUCUUGCCGACCGAUCAGCUCAGAUGCAGGCCAUUCUUCGUGGCUCCGUCACCUCGUCCAAGUAUGGUGGUGAUGAUGAGUACCAUGCUCCCUCGCUUGAGGUUCUCCGCGAGCUCAGCGACUCACAGUACAGCGUGUACGAUGUGCUGCACAGCUUCUUCGGUCACCGCGAGCACCAUGUCGCCUUUGCCGCGCUCUGCACCUACGUCGUCCGCGCCUACCGAGCUUACGAGAUUGUCAACUUCGACUAUGCCGUUGAGGACUUUGACGUCGAAGAACGCGCUGUGCUCACCUGGCAGUUCCAGCUGCCUCGAAGCGCUUCUUCGCUCAAGGAGCGUGAGCGUCAGGUGUCUAUCAGCGACCUCAGCAUGAUGGAUAACAACAGGAGGGCUCGCCCCAUCCGCGAGCUGCGCACUGGUGCCAUGACCAGCUGCGCCGAUGUGGCCGACAUUCCUGAACUUCUCCCUAAGGUUCUCAAGUUCUUCAAGUCUUCUGCCGGUGCCAGUGGAGCGCCCAUCAAUGUGCUAAACGUUGCUGUUGUCGACCAGACUGACUUUGUCGACGCCGAAGUGCGAAGCCAGCUUGCCCUGUACACCAAUGCCUGCAGCAAGGAGUUUUCCGCUGCUCGUGUCCGCCGUGUCACCUACCUCCUUUGCCAGCCCGGCUUGUAUCCCUUCUUCGCCACCUUCCGUCCCAACGAGCAGGGCAUCUGGUCCGAAGAGAAGGCGAUUCGCAACAUCGAACCCGCGCUUGCCUACCAGCUUGAGCUCGACAGGGUCAGCAAGAACUUUGAGCUCACCCCCGUUCCGGUCUCGUCGUCCACGAUCCAUCUCUACUUUGCUCGUGGUAUCCAGAACUCGGCCGAUACCCGAUUCUUUGUUCGCUCACUCGUCCGUCCCGGCCGCGUGCAGGGCGACAUGGCUGCAUACCUCAUCUCCGAAUCGGACCGCAUUGUCAACGAUAUUCUCAACGUCAUCGAGGUAGCUCUUGGCCAGCCCGAGUACCGCACCGCCGAUGCUUCGCACAUCUUCAUGUCUUUCAUCUACCAGCUGGAUGUCAGCCUCGUGGAUGUGCAGAAGGCUAUUGCCGGCUUCCUUGAGCGACACGGCACCCGCUUCUUCCGUCUCCGCAUCACAGGUGCCGAGAUCCGCAUGAUUCUAAACGGUCCCAACGGCGAGCCCCGCCCGAUCCGAGCCUUUGUCACCAACGAGACCGGUCUGGUCGUCCGAUACGAGACAUACGAGGAGACUGUCGCCGAUGACGGCUCUGUGAUUCUGCGCGGCAUCGAGCCCCAGGGCAAGGAUGCCACGCUCAAUGCCCAGAGCGCACACUUCCCUUACACAACCAAGGUGGCACUGCAGUCGCGACGAUCUCGUGCCCACGCUUUGCAGACCACCUUCGUCUACGACUUUAUCGAUGUGCUUGGUCAGGCCGUGCGUGCGUCGUGGAGAAAGGUUGCUGCCAGCAAGAUUCCCGGUGAUGUCAUCAAGUCGGCCGUCGAGUUGGUCUUUGACGAGCAGGAGAACCUGCGUGAGGUCAAGCGUGCUCCUGGUAUGAACAACAUCGGCAUGGUUGCUUGGCUCGUCGAGGUGCUCACCCCCGAGUACCCCGCUGGCCGUAAGCUCGUUGUCAUCGGGAACGACGUCACCAUCCAGGCUGGCUCGUUCGGCCCCGUUGAGGACCGCUUCUUCGCUGCUGCCUCCAAGCUCGCCCGUGAGCUUGGUGUGCCGCGCCUCUACAUCUCGGCCAAUUCGGGUGCCCGUAUCGGCUUGGCAACUGAGGCGCUCGACCUGUUCAAGGUCAAGUUCGUCGGCGACGACCCUGCCAAGGGUUUCGAGUACAUCUACCUCGACGACGAGUCGCUCCAAGCCGUCCAGGCCAAGGCGCCCAACAGUGUCAUGACCAAGCCCGUCCAGGCCGCUGAUGGCAGCGUCCAUAACAUCAUCACCGAUAUCAUCGGCAAGCCUCAGGGGGGUCUCGGUGUCGAGUGUCUGUCGGGCAGUGGUCUCAUUGCCGGUGAGACCAGCCGUGCAAAGGACCAGAUCUUCACUGCCACCAUCAUCACGGGACGAAGUGUCGGUAUCGGUGCCUAUCUUGCUCGUCUGGGCGAGCGUGUAAUCCAGGUCGAGGGCUCGCCCUUGAUCCUCACUGGUUAUCAGGCACUCAACAAGCUGCUGGGUCGUGAGGUCUAUACCUCGAACCUACAGCUCGGUGGUCCUCAGAUCAUGUACAAGAACGGUGUUUCUCACCUCACUGCUCAGGACGACCUCGACGCUGUCAGGUCGUUUGUCAACUGGAUAUCAUACGUUCCUGCUCAGCGUGGUGGACCUCUGCCGAUCAUGCCCACCACCGAUAGCUGGGACCGAGCGGUCACAUACCAGCCUCCUCGUGGUCCUUACGACCCACGAUGGCUCAUCAACGGUACCAAGGCCGAAGACGGCACCAAGCUCACCGGUCUUUUCGAUGAAGGCUCAUUUGUCGAGACGCUUGGCGGCUGGGCCACUUCGGUAGUCACUGGUCGUGCUCGCCUGGGCGGCAUCCCUGUCGGUGUGAUCGCUGUCGAGACGCGCACGCUCGAGCGUGUUGUUCCGGCCGACCCUGCGAACCCCAACUCGACCGAGCAGCGCAUCAUGGAAGCCGGCCAGGUGUGGUACCCCAACUCAGCGUACAAGACUGCCCAAGCCAUCUGGGACUUUGACAAAGAGGGUCUGCCUUUGGUCAUCCUUGCCAACUGGCGUGGAUUUUCGGGUGGCCAGCAGGACAUGUACGACGAGAUCCUCAAGCAGGGCUCCAAGAUCGUCGACGGUCUGUCGUCGUACAAGCAGCCCGUGUUUGUUCACAUUCCACCUAUGGGUGAGCUUCGCGGUGGUUCGUGGGUCGUGGUCGACUCUGCGAUCAACGACAACGGUAUGAUCGAGAUGUCGGCCGAUGUCAACAGCGCACGAGGUGGUGUGCUGGAAGCCUCAGGUCUGGUCGAGAUCAAGUACCGUGCCGACAAGCAACGUGCUACCAUGGAGCGACUCGACAGCGUCUAUGCCAAGUUGAGCAAGGAAGCUGCCGAAGCGACCGACUUCACCGCGCAGACCACCGCUCGUAAGGCGUUGGCAGAGCGAGAGAAGCAGCUCGCACCUAUCUUUACGGCGAUCGCUACCGAGUAUGCAGAUGCACACGACCGUGCAGGACGCAUGCUUGCGACUGGAGUGCUGCGAUCGGCGCUGCCAUGGGAGAACGCGCGUCGAUACUUCUACUGGCGUCUCAGGAGAAGGUUGACCGAGGUCGCUGCUGAACGCACGGUUGGCGAGGCCAACCCGACGCUGAAGCAUGUUGAGAGGCUGGCUGUAUUGCGACAGUUUGUUGGUGCUGCUGCGAGCGAUGACGACAAGGCGGUGGCUGAGCACUUGGAGGCUUCGGCCGACCAGCUGUUGGCCGCAUCCAAACAGUUGAAGGCACAGUACAUCUUGGCUCAGAUCUCGACAUUGGACCCUGAACUGCGCGCUCAACUAGCCGCUUCGCUCAAGUAA